AUGAUCGUUGAUGAUCGAGUAGACGAAUUCGAAUUACUUCCAUGCGCGACACCAAAUCCACAUCCAGCUCGUGCCAUUUAUGGUUUCGUUUUCAGUUUUGCGUUUUUCUUAACUUCAUCCAUUUUUUUAUUUAUUUAUUUAAUUUGGGCAAUUAUUCCAACACCUUGGCUUGAAUCAAUUGAAAUCACAUACGUUCCGGCAAAAUAUUGGGCAAUAUCGAUACCACUGCUGUUUCCAAUUAUUGUCACUGCAUAUGUUACGACUGUAUUCGCUUUAAAUCUUAUAAGAUUUCAUGGUGUUUUCGAGAAUAUUGCUAGUUUAUCACAUCGUAGUAUUUGCAUACAGCUUCGAAAAACAUUUAUAAAAGAAGAUCAAAACGCUAACAACAUACCUAAAUUAGGAAAUAAUAAGUGA